AGGGUAUCAAUGCAAUGAACAUGGACCUAGUUCUUGACAGAAGUCCUCUGUAGAAAAUUACACAUUCUAUUACCAGAUUGGCACCAUGGCGAAGUUGAUUGCCAUUUACAGGUCUGCUUCGUGUAAGCUCUGGAGAUCCUGUGUCGUGAAGCCUUCAUGCUCAUUCUCCAACAGAGGGAUCUCAAUCAAGUCCACAACCGCGCUUUUCUGACGGGCCUUCAUUGUCAUUUUUACUGCCUUUUGUAUUAUCUUCAUCUCUCUCAGUUGAAACGCCAAUAUGUCUAAUACCAAGCCAAUCGCGACGGCAUCGUCCAGCAGCUCGACUGCCUACGACAAUGCCGACGCAAAAGCUCGUCUCUACGCCUAUGAGAUCCCUCCCAUGCCCCCGGGUGAAUACGAGAUCAUCACUACUCAAGAAGUGAAAUCAGGAAAGGACACUGAGAAAUUGGUAUCAACACAACCCGUUACUGUCAAGGCAUGUCAACCAUAUGCCAUAGCAUCAGACCUCAUUCACUCAUUCUACCCGCCAAAUCUGCGUACCGUGAGCGCAACAACGCUUCCUCAUGUCGUUCUCAAAGGUGCUACGCCGUGGGAACGGUCGCAAACAUAUAAUCCGGGCACUGCGCCAACGCCAUGGAUUGCCUUGCUUCUUUUUACAGAUGAGGAUCUAUGUGUACCCGCAGAGGUGACCAGCGCUGCUAGACCUUCGGGCACUCGAUCUUUUACGCUUCCUUUGAGCCUGUUCAACAGUAAUCGCUCAAAGUUCUGUCAUAAGAAUGACUAUUCCGACUCUGAGGUUCCGUCUAAGGGCGAUGGAUCACCAGCCACUGCCGAUUUCCUCUUUGUUAAGAGUAGCGCUUUCAAGAUGUAUUUCGAGCGUCAAGACUCAACUGGGAAGACAAAUCAGCAGGUUGGCCCAGACUUGGACCGUUACAAGCUCCUCACGUACAUAACGGAUAGCGGCGUCAAGGAUGACAGCGGUCAUGUAACGAAUAAACUCAGUACGCUUAUCGGUCACCGAGCACGUCCUUACACUUUGGGUGAUCAGCCCGUCAAAGUGUAUGCGCACAUUGUUUCGAUUGAGACCUUGGAUGGCCGCAUCGACUGGAAAGCUGCGAGCGAGGCUUCAGCAACAGUCGCCCUUGUCUCCCUGUUUUCUUGGACAUUUACUUGGGAGAAGAACAAUGCCUCUCAAUCUCUUGAGAUGUUCAAACAUCUCGCAGAUCAGAAGAACAUACGUCCACUGGCGAUCAAACUUCCUCCCACAGACCCUAACAAGCCAGAUGAUGCAUCUGCUGUAUGGGUCCGUCGAAGGGUCACAGAGGGGUACACUAUUGUGCGCCAUCGCGAUAUCGCCGGUGAAUCAUCCAUGGCGCUGUAUCGAGGACCGCUUAUACCGGGUUCAUCGCGCAAAGCGCGCAUCAAGCCGAGUGUGCACGGCACAGACUUGCAAAUCAUCGACACAUCUGCGAGAAUCCUUGAUAUCUCGUACAACACGGCCUGGGAGCUAGGUAGAACACUGGCAGGUCGAGACGCCAAGUUCUCAACGGCUAUCGCCUACCUGCGCCGAAAGAUGUGUAUGAAAGCCGUGACAGAGUCCAAAGAUGCAGAGAGUGAGGAUGCGACAAUUAUGCAUAAGGCGAGCGAUGUUGUUUCUAGCACUUUGUCGAGGCUUGAUGAGCUUUUCAAGGGUUCUGUGGCUGCAAAGAUGACUGGCCUGCCACGAAAUGGAGAAAAGUCAACUAAUUCUGCAAGAUGGCAAGUUCCUUCUCAUACAGCAACAUCCAUGGCCGCAGCACCAGGAGUCAUGACUCUUGCAAAGCUGCAAAGACAUCUGGAAAGUACGGCGAAACCAUGGCUUGAAGAGAAGACCCUAGAGUUAUGCCAGCCUGAGCCUAAGUUAUCUUCAAUUCCUCAACUGGCUCUUGUGAUCAAUUGGCUUAUCGACAACCUCAUGUCUCUGAAGCUAGUCCCAGCGACGUAUCUGUUCCCUGAUCCUGCUGUCCUUGCGAAAGAAAGCGUCAACUGUUUUCUUGUGGAUGAUACUUGGGUAGAUGCUCUUGUCGAUGGCGCAAUGAGUCUUGCCAACACUAUGGGAGGAGGUGAUGAUCCGGUCCGUGAUCUGAUUCGCUGGGCCUUCAACCUGUAUCUGGAAAAGGCGCCAGCCGAUCGUGUGCAAAUCGGUGGCUCAGGCUUCAUCAUCCGCAGUGGCAUCGUCGAGUCGUUUCCCGAUCUUGAAAUGACGAUCACGGGCAAGCUAUCAGGUUCAAACGCCACUACUCCUCUAAGCUGCGCAUACCGAACACGGAACGAGGACAUGAUUCUCUGCCUCGUUGCGCGAGGUCAGGGGCAGAAGCUGGUAGACUACACCGUCAAGCUCAAGCUACCACCACACCAACAGCGCUACAGUUUGGGCAUGGUCGACAAGGAUUUCAUGUACUUUGCCUGCGAGAUGAAGCCAUUCUUGAAGAUGACGGAUAAGUUCAAAGACGCUUUGCCACUAGAUGAAGUAGAAAAGAACAUCCAGUGGAGCAGGACUGGCGUUGUGCGUCCUUCUGGUUUACCCAUCAAGCCCAUCUGGAACCACGACACUGGUAUCCUAACUCCUCAUCUCGUCGUCAAUAUGAUGGACUACUUUAUUGAUCAAAAUAAGACUCGGACCUGGGAUAGGCCCGCGGCAGAUUCGAAAGUCAUAUAUCUGGCUACGCAGUUACUAGAGCGUGAUCACUGUGUUACACUCAACUUCAACAUAACCGCAGGCAAAGAGAGCUUGCCUCGAAGGAUCUUCCCAGAGCAGCUGACGCCUGAAGAGGAUACUCGCGACCCGGCAAUCGAGCAUUUACCCCAGAGUACAGAGACCAAGGACAGGUCGUGGUUCACAAAAUUGGCCUUCUCCCAAGACUCUCCUGGGCGCAGCAUACCAGCGCAGUCCAACACGCCUCAGCACAUAGUCUUUUCGGUCAAGAUCAACACCUCGGCCAAGAAUCUCCCAGCAGGAACAGAAGUGUUUGCAAUCGAAGUCACCAUCCCCAUUGGCGAAGAUCCAUCCCAUCUUCUUGACCAUCUCGCACCGCUACCUUCUGUGCGUGCCAUUGGACCAAGGCAGCAAUGGAUUGCGGCUACAACACAUAGGAAGUCGGCUGCUGAGAUGGUGGUUCAUCUGAAGCCUCGUGGAACAGCUGGAGGGGGUGCUACGCUUGCAGAGGGAUUAGAUGCUAGUUUCAUGUUGGUCAGGGCGACGGUUAAUGGGGUUGUAGGAAAUGACGUUGAGAUUAACACAAAGGAAGUUUAUGGGAGGUGGGAGAGGAGUAAGGAUGCUGCUGGUAAAGAGGUUCCUGUGUUGGUCAAGACUGAUGUUAUGGAUAAAUGGACACUGCGUAAGGAGUAAUCUGGAGGAUUUCGUACAUAUACAAGAGUCAUUUCAAUCUCAUAACAGCUUAAGGAAGAUUAGACUUCCACGUCUUUAUUUGAACACCCUGUUCGAAGGUAAAAUACUGUGAUGUGCUUCACAUCGUGAAGUUUGACUGUGUGUAAACGCAUGUUUGACCACCACUCGUUCAAAAUCACCCAGAUGGAAUAAGAUUGGUAGCAACUUGAAGCAUUGGUUUAUUGAGUUUUAAUAGAAUCUAUGCCUUAAAAGGAUUGAUUCUG